UAUGGGAGGUGCUGAGAAAAAAUAUAAAUGGAGCACUCACUUUGUGUUGUGGUCCUCACUGACUUUUCCACCUUUAUAUUUCCUCUCUCAUCACUCACCACGCGGCCUCAACACAAACUCUACCAUUCUUUCAUGGAGGGGAUGGUGCCAAAGGUGGCGAUGAGGAGCGACAGGUUGAAGAGGGACGUGGCGGAUUGUGUUGAUGAGCAAAUAGGGUACGUGGAGCAGGAGAAGAAGAAGAAAGUGGUGGCUGGUGGUAGUGGCAAGAAAGGGUCUUCUUGUGGUGGUGGCAAUGGCAUGCGGUGUUGUCAAGUGGAGAAGUGCAACGCGGAUCUCCAUGAGGCCAAGCAGUACCACAGGAGGCACAGGGUGUGUGAGUACCAUGCCAAGGCUCAGGUUGUGCUUGUGGAUGGAGUCAGACAACGGUUUUGUCAGCAAUGUAGCAGAUUCCACGAGUUAGCUGAAUUUGAUGACACAAAAAGGAGUUGCCGCAGGCGUUUGGCUGGACACAAUGAAAGGAGGAGAAAGAAUGGUGAUCAGUCUCAAGCAGAAGGGUCAAGCCGCAAAGGGACAGGGACCCCUCAAUUGAAGGACAUUGCUUGUGGUCAGGCUGAUGAAAGGGAAAGAAUUCAACUCCAAGAAAAUGCACCUUACAAACAUUUCCAGAUAAGAUGAGAUAUGCUUUCAUCUCAACUCUGCUCUCUCUCUUCUGUCAUCCUGGGGAUGUAUUUGUCAAACUAUUCCUAUGUCACAUUCAUAAUGAUCAAGAUUGCAUUUAGAUAAAUAACUUUUAACAUGUUAAACUAUUCAUUUGAUCCAUAUAGUCAUUUUUAUUUUAAGUUUUAGUCUCAGUACAAGAAUACCGCAAGAUAUAGACCAUGUUUGGAAAUUCGUUUGACAUACUGCAAACGACAAUUCACUCAUUUUCAAGCAUCAUACGACUGAUAUAGCCCCUACACAGUUUCUUUUAUAAGAAAGAUUUUAUAGUGAUUUUAUAUUAGCCAAAAGACUCAACUUAUUUUAAUACAUGUAUAAAAACUAAAACAUGCGAUUUCCUCGUAUAGGACUAAAACACGAAAUGAAGACAACUAUUGGGAUCAAAUGAAUAGUUUAACUUUUAAAAAAGUGAUGUAAGAAACAUUGCAACAUCCAUUUCAUGGUGUUGCUGUUACCCCCUUAGAAGUAUAAAUUACUAUGCACUUCAGUCCAUAAUGUUCAAUCAUUAUGCUUGAUAUAUCUUAAUAUUCUUUGGCACCAUUAUGGUUUGUGUUAUGCUACAUGUCUUGCUGUAUGUUGUGUUACAUGUCUUUAACUAAUUUUCUCCCAA